AUGCACACACACACACACACGCUACCGGAUAUAUUGACAGCAAACACCAGCAAAUGUGUGUAGGGUAUGUAUAUAUAUAUAUAUAUAUGUAUAUAUAUAUAUAUGUAUAUAUAUAUCGCGCUCUGCUUGGCUAAAGUUUAAUUGUAAAAGAUAUUCACUGAAAGAACCAGAACGGAACCGUGGAGACAAUGGGUUGGUUCCAGACAUUUAACUCGGAUUUAAUUUCUGGAUAAAACAAGCUCCAAUUCUGAGAAACCGGAUUGCAUGUAGAUUCAUUGUUUCCUACUCAAAAUGGCGAACAAAAGAAUCCACGCACAGAACGACCAUGACGUGGCAUCCUCUGCGUGGUCAGUUAGGUCGCGGUCCGAAAUGGAUGCCGCCAUCAAAGAAGUCAUCAGGAGUCGAAAUGAAAAUCGAGUGUUGGCCAUGUGUAAAGGAAAUGCUAUUACGAACACAGGAAAGAGGAUUCAGAUGGCCAAAAUGCUGAUCCUGACUAUCAUCCCGACCGUUGCCCUGAUUAUCAUAGCGUCCGUGGACGUGAAGCGCCUGUCGACGAAGCAGGCGAUAGGACGCGAGGUCCAGGACAUGAUUCGCCUCAGCACGGAGGUGGGGAUGCUCAUCCACCAGAUGCAGCUGGAGCGAGGCUACACGUCUCUCUACAUCUCGGACUCCACGGGCACAGAGACGAGAAUCCUGGUCGAACAGAGCUACGUAAACACCAACAACAAGCUCGACCAGAUGACCUACUGGCCGGGAGAAACGAAAACCGGGCUCCGCAGGUUUAAAACGAAAAAGGAUCUUUCGAAACAUCUGAACCGCUACAGAAGUGAUGUCUUGUUCAGCAGUGCCCUGCCGGAUCUGAACAGCGUGUUGGAGUUUUAUAAUGACGUCAUUAAAGAGUUCACCACGUGGAUGUACGCCGCCAUUACGUUUUCGCAAGAAGGCGAUGACUGGAGAAUGAUAGUUGCCUACCAACUGCUUGUGAUUAGCAAGAACGAUAUAGGCAUUGAACGGACGCUCGGGAGUGUGUAUUUCCUGGUUGGUCACUUCCAGUCUCAUGACGAAUAUUUGUGGUAUUUGAGGGAGAAGAACAUGGGGAAAGGGAAUUUUGAAGCAUCCCUUUUGUUUUCUCCUGUUGUCAAAGAGUUAUUUGUUGCCAACUCCGACGAUAACACUCACAUAAUACAUACAAAUAUCGAGAAUAUGAGAAGGGAAAUAAGCGGUAUUGGUAGCAGUAGCAACGGCAACAGUAGCAGCAACAGCAGCAGCACCACCAACAGUCAUUACUGCAAUAUCUACAGCAACAACGUUACCAGCGGAUCUCUAGGAAGAAGCAAAUGGUGGUUCAUAAACAUGACGUCACACCUAAACCUCUUAUUUGCUGUCCAGAACGAUCUGGCGGAAGUCCUUCUCAGUUCCAUCCACUCUGACCUGGAACAUGACACAAAAAACAUGUCCGUCAGCAUCACCCUCCUCUGUGUCAUUCUCAUCAUCUGUCCCCUGGUGGUCUUCUACGUCAAGACGAUGGUGUCGGACAUCCAGCGCUACGCCCUAUCCCUGGCCGAUCAGACGAUUGAGCUGAGCAAGGAGAGGCAGAGGACGGAGUCUCUUCUGUACCAGAUGAUCCCUAAGGCCGUGGCGGAUCAGCUCAAGUCCAACCAGGAGGUGGAGGCGGAGAGUUUCGCCGAGGUGACUAUCUUCUUCUCGGACAUCGUCGGCUUCACGAGCAUCUCGUCCAGCUGCUCGCCGCUAGAGGUCGUGACGCUGCUGAACACGCUAUACGUCUGCUUCGACACGCGGCUCGAGCUCUAUGACGUGUACAAGGUGGAGACAAUCGGGGAUGCCUACAUGGUGGCGUCAGGUGUCCCUAAAAAGAAUGGCCGGAAGCACGCCGCUGAGAUAGGCACCCUCGCUCUCGACCUCAACCACCACGUGACUCACCUGGAAAUCCCGCACAUGCCGGGCACGCCUCUUCGCCUGAGAGCGGGGAUUCACACAGGCCCCGUGGUAGCCGGUGUUGUCGGGUCGAAGAUGCCUCGGUACUGUCUGUUUGGUGACACCGUGAACACCGCAUCCAGAAUGGAAUCUACCGGACAGCGUGAGUAG